AUGGAAGAACCAGACACGAGCAGGCAAUUUGAAAUCAAAGAAGGAAUUGCAUUCCUAAUUGAUCUUUCCGAGCUGCUUUUCGUCCCAGUCAACGAACUAGACCAUAGAAGCCAGCUUUUGGAGAUCCUCCAAUGCAUAAAUGAUCUAAUGUCUGACAUGGUGAUCACCUUCCCUAGCAACGGUAUUGGAAUAUACUUUUAUAAUGCUAGAGAAACAGGUAAAAAGUUUCCCAAGAACUCUGGUAUCACCAAAGCAUUCUCAUUGAAUGACUUAAACAGCUCCAACAUCAAACUUCUCACCAAUAUUGUUCGGGACGAACUAGAUGGAUUCAAGCCUCUCCAAGACAGAUAUCCUGUCGCUGAAAAGCAAUUAGACAAUCUCCAUACUGUUUUGGAAACACUACUCAAGGAGUUUCAAGCAAAACCACAGUACAACCGGAAACGGUUGUUUUGGCUUACAAACUCCGAUAAGCCAUACAUCAACCCGAAUUUGAAAGAUGGCCUUAGAACAGUGAUGAGUGACUUUGAGGCAAACAGAAUCUUGGUCUCCCCUGUGUUCUUGGAGACAUAUCCAAGAGACGGUGACCAGAAAUUUGAUCUCCUGUUGUAUGAGAACAUUUUCCUUAACACCAACUUUUUGGCUCGUGCGCAGAAGAACCAGGAAGAAGGCUCUCCAUUGCUAAACACUACGGUGUCUUCUCAAAUACGGCUGUCGAUUUUGCGGCUUAAAGAAGUGCGCCGGAUUCAGUUCUCAUGCGAUUUAGUUCUCAGUGAUGGACCUGGUAUUGGGGGAAAAUUUGGAUGCUCCGUUAAGGGAUAUACAUUAUUCAAUCACGAAUCCAUUCGGCAAUUUCGUCAAGUUUAUACUGGAGGCGAAGGCUUGAAGCUUGUUCAUCACGACACGAGUUAUUUGCGAAGCGACACCAAAGAGAGUUUGGAUUUAGACAAGGAGAGCCAGCCUACGCAGACAUUGAAGGGCAUAUCUGUCAAGUUUGCCAACGAUAAGGAAGGUGUGGCAGAAAACGAGAAGCUUUUACUUUUCAAGCAAGAUGUAGUGGAGUACAUGCGAGGAUAUUCUUUUGAUCACACUCCUGGAGAGCAGUCAGAAGACGAACAGGAUGGCAAUGAUAACGAUGAUGACGAUAAUAAUGAAGAUGACGAUGAAUCGGAUAGGAAGCCAGUGCCGUUUUCCAACCCACCAUAUCUCAAACUUCUAUGUUUUAGGGAUAUCAGUAAAUUCCAGCAUUUGUUCAACAUUAAGCCUCCUGUUUUCAUUACUGCAGACUCCAGCGAUGGAAUGAACUCUACGAGCAAAGAAGGUGGGUAUACCAACUCAUUCAAUACUUUUCGUCUGUUGUACCAACUGUGCCUUAGAUUGCAGCGCUAUGCGGUUUUGUUUGGAUGUGUCAAGAGAAACUCUUCACCAAGUCUCUAUGCUUUGUAUCCAACAAAUACCGAGGGCAGUUCCACGGAGAUUAAGGAUAAGCAGUUUCCUGACGGUUUUCUUCUCAUCACUUUGCCCUGGCUCAGUGAAAUCCGCAGCUUACCUGACUAUAUGCUAACAGAACACCAUCGGUAUUUUCUUCCCGAAACGGAAUCUGUCGUGCCACCCGAACUAGCAUCUCUUUGUCUGAAGUUGAUGGGAUUAUGCAAAGUGGAUGAUUCUUACGAUCCGAGUGUCCACCCAAAUCCGGUACUCAACUACUUUUACAAGACCAUAAAACAGGAAGCAUUGCAAAUUGACAUCAAAGACGAAGAUACUUCAUUAGAGCAGAAUGAUUGGACAGUGAGCAGGCUACUUAGUAUUCGCAACCUGCUUCAAGAGAAUGUUGACACAAGGCAAAUUCUUCAGUUCAUCAAUGUCUACUUGAACAAAAUCGGAAAUGCGGAGGUGGCCAAGAGAACCAAUGAAGAUAACAACAGCGGUGCGCUGAAACGAGCAAAAGCAGCCCCUCUAACUGAAGCUGCCAUUGUCGCCUUGUGGCAAACAAACUCGUGGAGUAAAGUGACGGUCGCUCAACUAAAAGAGUUCAUGGGAAAAUAUCCCGAGAUACCGCUGGCUACACGCAAAGCUGACAUGGUGGCCAAUAUUACGAGCUUUCUCGAGUCUAGACAAUAG